AUGGGGAGCAUAGUAGAGUCUCCGGCCGCGGCAACGUUCGACGCCCCGCCCGAGUCGGUCAGCUUUGACGGUUUCCUGUUCGACAUGGACGGCACUAUCAUCGACUCAACUGCUGCCGUUGUCAAGCACUGGGAAACUGUAGGCCAGGAAAUAGGGGUAUCACCCGAGGUCAUUCUGCAGACAUCGCACGGGCGAAGAAGCAUCGACAUACUCCGGAUCCUCGCUCCCGAAAAGGCAAACUGGGAAUACGUGAAGCACAUGGAAGGUCUCCUGCCCAAGUUCCACGGGGCCGACGCCGUCGAGAUUCCGGGGGCCCGCGACCUCCUGCAGGGGCUGAUCGCGCGCGACGCGCCGUGGGCCAUCGUGACGUCGGGCACCGUGCCGCUCGUCACGGGCUGGCUCGGCGUGCUGAAGCUGCCCGCCCCGGAGCACCUCGUCACGGCCGAGUCCGUCACUGACGGGAAGCCCGACCCGGCCUGCUACCUGCUCGGCCGCGAGCGGCUCGGGCUCGCCGGCCCCGACAAGCAGGUGCUUGUGCUCGAGGACAGCCCCGCCGGCAUCCGCGCCGGGAAAGACGCCGGCUGCAAGGUCCUGGCUGUUGUGACGAGCCAUACGGCUAACGAGGUCCUAAGCGCCGGGCCCGACUGGGUCGUCAAGGAUCUGGCGUCGGUGAGGUUUGUGGGCGGCACUAGCGGGGACUCCUCGAAGGUCACUCUGGAGAUUAGCAACGCGUUGGUGACCAAAAACACGCGAGCUUAG